AUGACGCCAUCACGUCGCGCGGUCGCCGAGCUUGGAGCCUGGAGUACCACGGAAACUGCUCCGCAGCGGCUGGUCCGGGCGGCGGCGGCGCUCCGGCUGCUCAGCCGCCUGCGAGCCCCGCGCCCAGCCCCUCCGCUCGGGCAGCCCCGGAGCCCAGUGCUUGAUGGGCGGCAUUAUGGCCCCCAAGGACAUAAUGACAAAUACUCACGCCAAGUCCAUCCUCAACUCAAUGAACUCCCUGCGGAAGAGCAACACUCUCUGCGAUGUGACAUUGAGAGUAGAGCAAAAAGACUUCCCUGCCCAUCGGAUUGUGCUGGCUGCCUGCAGUGAUUAUUUCUGUGCCAUGUUCACGAGUGAGCUUUCAGAGAAGGGGAAGCCAUAUGUUGACAUUCAAGGUUUAACUGCUUCUACCAUGGAAAUCCUGUUGGACUUCGUAUACACAGAAACAGUACAUGUGACGGUGGAGAAUGUUCAAGAACUGCUCCCUGCAGCCUGUCUACUUCAACUGAAAGGUGUGAAACAAGCCUGCUGUGAGUUCUUAGAAAGUCAGUUGGACCCUUCUAAUUGCCUGGGUAUUAGGGAUUUUGCUGAAACUCACAAUUGCGUUGACCUGAUGCAAGCAGCUGAGGUCUUUAGCCAGAAGCAUUUUCCUGAAGUGGUACAGCAUGAAGAGUUCAUUCUUCUGAGUCAAGGAGAGGUGGAGAAGCUGAUCAAGUGCGAUGAGAUCCAGGUAGAUUCUGAAGAGCCAGUCUUUGAGGCUGUCAUCAACUGGGUGAAGCAUGCCAAGAAGGAGCGGGAAGAGUCCUUGCCUGACCUCUUACAGUAUGUCCGAAUGCCCCUGCUGACCCCCAGGUACAUUACAGAUGUGAUAGAUGCUGAGCCUUUCAUCCGCUGUAGUUUACAGUGCAGGGAUCUAGUUGAUGAAGCAAAGAAGUUUCACCUGAGGCCUGAGCUUCGGAGUCAGAUGCAAGGACCCCGGACAAGAGCCCGUCUAGGAGCCAAUGAAGUGCUUCUGGUAGUUGGGGGCUUCGGAAGCCAGCAGUCUCCUAUUGAUGUGGUAGAGAAAUAUGAUCCGAAGACACAGGAGUGGAGCUUUUUGCCAAGCAUCACUCGAAAGAGGCGGUAUGUGGCUUCAGUUUCCUUACAUGAUCGUAUCUAUGUAAUCGGUGGGUACGAUGGCCGUUCCCGCCUCAGUUCAGUGGAGUGUCUAGACUACACAGCAGAUGAGGAUGGAGUCUGGUACUCUGUGGCCCCUAUGAAUGUACGACGAGGCCUUGCUGGAGCCACCACGCUGGGAGAUAUGAUUUACGUCUCUGGAGGCUUUGAUGGAAGCAGGCGUCAUACAAGUAUGGAGCGGUAUGACCCAAACAUUGAUCAGUGGAGCAUGCUGGGAGAUAUGCAGACAGCUCGAGAGGGUGCAGGACUAGUAGUGGCCAGCGGAAUAAUCUACUGUCUAGGAGGAUAUGAUGGCUUGAAUAUAUUAAAUUCAGUUGAGAAAUAUGAUCCCCAUACAGGACACUGGACUAAUGUUACACCUAUGGCCACCAAGCGUUCUGGUGCUGGAGUGGCCCUACUGAAUGACCAUAUUUAUGUGGUGGGGGGUUUUGAUGGUACAGCCCACCUUUCUUCUGUUGAAGCUUACAACAUUCGCACUGAUUCCUGGACAACCGUCACUAGUAUGACCACUCCACGGUGCUAUGUAGGGGCCACAGUGCUUCGGGGGAGACUCUAUGCAAUUGCAGGAUAUGAUGGGAAUUCUCUGCUGAGUAGCAUCGAGUGUUAUGACCCUAUCAUCGACAGCUGGGAAGUAGUGGCCUCCAUGGGAACCCAGCGUUGCGAUGCUGGUGUGUGUGUUCUCCGAGAAAAGUAACUUAUUUGAACACCACUGAGCUAAUGACUACUCCAAGGAACAGUUUGUGGGAGAAUCAAGGAUCCUUUGCAGAAUGUCUAUUUCUCACUGUGUGCACAGAUUACAGGCCCCUGUGCUGUCAUGAUUGUACUUAUUUGACACUCUUUUUCGCACUGGUACUGUUGCUCAGAAGGGUGGGACAGGUACUCAAGGGAAGAGAAUUGACAUCUGCAUGUGAGAACCCAGAUCAUCUUUCUCUGUGGUCUGAGGAGCACUCUCUUACUGUUUCUGACUUACCAUGUGCGUGGGAGAAUGUAUAUAUGUAUGCUUGUAUGGCUGUAUGUGUGUUGUGCCUCAUAUAUUGCAGAGAAUUAAGGUGAGUAUGGCCUGCUGGGUGUGGCCUGUAUCCAUCCUAGGUGAUUGGAAGGAUAUCAGCUUAUAUAAGCUUGGUAAAAUGAAAGUCUUUUAUUCUUCUCAGAAGCAAAAAUAUCUUUUCUAAAUACAAAGGUAGCUUGGGGCAUCACAGUUCCCUUCUGUAGAAAACAGAGAGAUCACUGUUAAAAUUUGAGAGGCUGAGAGGAGAGAUUUGUCCUGUUCUCACUUAGGGGAACAUAAUUGGUGCAGAGAUUUGAAUAAGUGGCGUGAACUGAAUGAAAUGGGAGUGAACCCAGAAGAUCACUGAAGUGUAAAUUGGAAGGCUUGAAAGGACAUAUUAUUUGACCCCAAAGUCUUUCUAAUGUAGAAUGUUGUACUGUCUUGGUAUGGAGAUUAACAGUGAGAGAUUAACAGUGGGGGCGGGGGGGUUAGAAUAAGAGAUGCUCUAAAUGUGCAGCGUACAAUAUACCUGUGGUAAACUAGAAAUGUCUGUGAUUUUACAGUCAUCUUAGUUCCUGCCAGGGCUCCUGUAGCCAUACAGUGUUCGUCUUUAAAUGGGCGAAAGACCAACUUUCUGGUGACUCAAGUGCUACUACAUUACUACACUUCCACACUAUUUAUUUGGGGAUUGGGUGGGGUAGCUGCAGCCUAGUAGUUGAAGUCCCUGAGCACUGCCCUGCUGUUUGAAGGGCACACUUCUCCUAAGGAGUGCUUAAUGCUGCUGUGCAUGGUACAUUCGGUUCUCUUCCUGCUACAUUUUCUGUGCCUGUCUUUAGAGUAUCUUUUAUUCCUUCUGGAUCAAAAUAAUCAAAGACAACUGAAAAUCUUUUGUUAGUUCCUGUACCUCUGCCAACAUUUCUGAGCUGCCAUUCUAGGCUUCUCAGUGUCAUAGGGUGAAAUCCUUGCAUUAUUGGUAUAGCAAAUAUGAGAAUGUGAUAGCCUAAACUGGACUACACUUUUCUUUUGCUCUGGAAUCCCACUUUUCCUCUUUCCCUGAAUUGUGUUUGCCAACAGAGUUAAAUUUCCUUUGUAUUUUUUUAAAAAAAAGAACAUUAAAAACGGACUGUCUGAAA